AUGGCGGACGCAGUUGCCCCGGCGCCUGCGGAAGGAGCUCAGCAGCCUGCCGCGCAAGGAUUUGGCAGUAUUUUAUUCGGAAUCAUUAAGCAGGCGAUGUUCUUUUACUUCAUCACCUCCGUCAUGAAAGUACUCGUUGUCUGACGGCUUUUCAAUGCAACUUUCGGUAAUUUUUAGGGAUUCUUCAGUUCUCCUGGCACCGGAACCGGCUCGAAUGUGACUGCUACUCCGACGUCUUCCGGUAUCAAAGCGAUGAACUUGUUCCCGAAUCAUCAGCUUUUCGAUUUGUAUGUCUAUAUGGACGGAAGUGUUAGUUUACAAAGUAGUUUCCAGACCACGCCUAGUAUUUUAGGACCUGCCCUUCAAACAGUUCGAUUCGUCGCCCGAGAAACUGAUUUGGAUGCGAAACGCGAUGCGAUACGACGACUGGACGAGCGGAGACAACGCCGACGGCAGCUUCACCAUCCACAAAACGUUCCCGACUCCGGAAGUCCUUCUGAGAAACGAGUCGAUCUUCCUGCACACGUUCAUCGUCAAAACGGGACAGUCGCCGAAUCCGAAGGACAGAAAUUACUUUAAGAAUCAAGUGGUUUACAAAGUGCAACAGCUGAACAAGUACAAGAAGAAGUACUAUCGGAAAACAGCCAAUUUGCUGACCGGCGAAAGCGAACAGAGCGACGAGGAUCUGGCAAAAGCGGAGAAAAUGAAAUAUGAGGUAAGCAGGUGCAGGUCUCGAACGGAGAGUUACAGUAAUCUCGUCUUCAGGUGCUGAACCACUGGCAUCCGAACAUUUCGAUCUCCCUGAUCGUCGACCAAACUCCGUGGGUUCGCGGAUCGAUUCCCGCUCCGCUCAGCGAGGAUAUAGAAUUCAACGAGGACGGAAACAUCUACAAACCGAUUCUUUUCUACAACAAUUGGUGGAAUCUCGGAGCGGAUUAUCAGCCGAUCAACGAAACGGUCAAAGAGCUCAAUCUGACGAUCACUUACUACCCGAUGUCCGUGUUCAAAUAUCAGAUGUACGCGAGUCAGAAAAUGCAAUCGCAAUGGCAAGGAAUGCUAUCGAUGGACGGCGCCGACGUGGACGACGACAGUCAUGACUCGAUGAAGCAGGCGCUACUCGAGACGAAUCCGAUCCUUCUCGCGGUCACCGUCGCCGUCUCGCUCCUCCACACCGUCUUCGAAUUCCUAGCGUUCAAGAACGACAUUCAGUUCUGGAACAAUCGGAAAGAUCUCGUGGGACUAUCCGUCCGAUCCGUCCUCUUCAAUAUCUUCCAAUCGUUGAUCGUCUUCCUUUAUAUCUGUGACAACGAGACGAACACGAUGGUGAAGGUGACCGUCGGCAUCGGAUUGCUCAUCGAGUGCUGGAAGAUUCCGAAAGUGAUGAAUGUGCAAAUCGACUGGCAGAACAGACUGUUCGGAGUGAUUCCACGUGUCAGCAUCACUGACAAGGGCUCGUAUGUGGAGAGCGAAACAAAGAUCUACGAUCAGAUGGCGUUCAAGUACCUCGGAUGGGUUCUCUUCCCGCUCCUCGUCGGAUACGCCAUCUACUCGGUCAUCUACGUCGAGCAGAAGGGCUGGUACUCGUGGCUGCUCAACAUGCUCUACGGAUUCCUGCUCACCUUCGGAUUCAUCACAAUGACUCCGCAGUUGUUCAUCAACUACAAGCUGAAAUCGGUUGCUCACCUGCCGUGGCGCAUGCUCACUUACAAGUUCAUCAACACUUUCAUCGACGACCUCUUCGCGUUUGUCAUCAGAAUGCCGCUGCUCUACAGAAUCGGAUGCUUCCGAGAUGAUAUCAUUUUCCUGGUAAUUUGCGAAGUAACCUCCGAGAUCUCAACAGUAUACCUUCCAGAUCUACUUGUACCAACGAUGGGCCUACCGCGUCGAUCCAACUCGCAUGAACGAGUUCGGAACGAGUCUCGAGAAGGAAAAGGGAAGUACGAGCACUCCAGCAGUGGAAGGAUCUUCAGAAGGAGCUCCAGAAGCUGUGGAAGAGAGCAAGAAGGACAAGUAG